AAUCGAAGCGGCAACGCCGGCUAGCUCACACACAGUCUCCCCUCUCUCACACACACUCAGUCACUCGGAAUAAUCGGUGUUUUAUUUUUUGCGCGAAUCUUUCAAAGGAAUCCUCCUGGUCAACGGAUGAACUAGCCAUCCCAUGGAGUGGCACGAAGUGGAGCUGGACGGCAGCCGCUCGGCGGCCUUCCCGGAGCGCGCGGUACCUGGUUUUGGCCAGGAUCUGCAGGAUUCCGAAUACCUCGGCGGCAUCAUACGCAACGGUCAGCUGGGCUGGGUGACCUGGCGCUAUGGCAGCGACGCCACCAUCCUCGUUUGCAGCAUGACCACCGGCGACUAUGUGUCGUAUCAUCGCUUCUGGAGCAGCGAUUCUGCGGAUGAAUCGGGAGAUCAACUUCGCACCAGCAUCCGCUGCGUGGAGGAGCUCCACCCGGGCGAACCGGAACGCACUGCCCUGCUGGCCAUCUGCCUGGAAUCGUGGGACAGCCGGGAAAGACGCCCUGAAAACUGCUCGCUGGCCAGGACGCAGGUGCUCAUCUAUUCCAUUCCGGGCAGCAAGGUGCUGCGACGGUUUGACCUCCCCGAUAACCUCUACUGCACCGCGCUGACCUUUCUGGACCAGCGCAUCUGCGGGGGCACGCGACUCUCUAAGUUCGACGGCUGUUUGGCCAUUUCCACCCAAGAGGGCAUCGUUCUGCUGGUCGAUCUCAAUGCGGACAGCCUGCUGGAGAGGCACAGAGGUGGUUCUGAGCUGGAUCCCUCCCACGGGCAGCUGUACAGCUUCCCCAGCGAGGAGUUGGGAACGCAAAUAGACUCUAUCCUAAGCGAUUGUCGGGAAAAGGGCGAACAUUUGGCUGUGCGAUUGGAUGUGGCCACCAGCGGCAUCCAGUGCCUGAUGGGCAUCAGUUUGGCUCCCGGAUUUGCCGCCGGUCUCGAGGAUGGUCGCGUUUUGAUCUACGACCUGGUGCAGUUCCAUGUGACCACCGCCCUGCAGCCGCCGGGCAAAAAGGAUCGCUGGCGUGGCGCCGUCCAGAGUAUGUGCCUCAUCAUGCCGCCCGACGACCCAAAGCCCUGCUUCUACAUAUGCGCCUUGUACCAAUCCACCGAAGGCCUUAAUAUGCUGCUGCAUUCGGUGAGCUACCGCCGCUCCUACGUGGAACCGAACGACAUGCUCCGCUUCGAGCACUUUCACUCCAGUUCGGUGCGCAACCAUCAGAUUUUCGAGCGGGGAAGCGGCGGUUGCUCGGUGAACGCCUGCUUCACAGCCUCCACUUUCAGCUUUGCCGGUGACAGCGGCACUCUGCUGGUCAUCAUCUCCUGGCAUUCGGCCAGCGAGGGGAAAAACAAGCUGGUCCUAUUCGACAUUAAUCAGUGGUACAAGGAGGAGAUGCCGCCCUGCGUGCGCAGCCACGAGACGCCGCAUUAUCUGGCCGGCUAUGUUUUAAGUGGAAUACCUAAAGGAUUAAGUCUACAGCUGCGCGCCAAUAGCAUCAUGCACUUUGUCUCCCUGCAGCGCUACGAUGAGCACUUCUAUCCCGAUUCGCUGACCUUCGAUUGCACGCUGCUCACUCCAAAUGGCAGCAGAUAUUACGCGCAGGAUGGCGUGCAGCAUCGCUUUUUGAACGCCCUGCGCUGGGAGCGCGCCACGCUCUUUUUGCGACCGCAAUCCUAUCACGAGGACAUUGUUCGCCUGCGAUUGCUGCCGCAAUUCUGUGAGCUGCAUCCCGAUGCCACCUUCUCCAAGACGGCCAUGUACGAGGUGAUACUCUCGGUGGCCCUGGAACACCAGUGCAUUGCCUUGCUGAACGAUUGUGCGAGGAGCUGGCUGGAUGGCAGCUUUAUGUGCAACAUGAUCGAUCCCACGGAGCUCUCGCUUUCGACGUUGACCAACUGGAUUGUGAGGCGCGCGGGGCAGAUUAAGCGGCGCUGCUCGGAACUCUGCCAAGGGAUCUUCGACUACGGCGGCUAUUCGCUGGACGAGCGGGAGCGUCGCGAGUUCCAGGUGCUCUCCGGCCAGCUGCGCGAGCUGGUGCGCCUGCAAUCCUACAUAGUGGAGCUGGGACGAAGAAGGCUUGCUCCUUCCAUGCUAACUGAGUGCCAGGCGAACGAACGAGCGCUGCAGACGGUGCAUCAGUACCAAAGGGUGCUCUAUUGGUUUAUAGAGCAUGGUCUUUUGCCGGAGGGUCAGCAGGAGCAUCACCAGGAGAAGCCUUUAGUGCUCCUCCGUCACAUUUACGCCGAGCGAAGGGCGCUGGGCAGGAAGCUCUACAUCGAUCGGCUGGCUGAAAUGGCCUCGCUUUCCGGAGAGGCCUCUUAUCCGCCGGAAUCGCUGCAUUCUCUGCUGCACGUGAUGCUCGAUCCGCAGACGGAAGUGGGAAACAAACAGGCGCUCAUCCUGUACCUGCUGAUGGAUCUGGAUGCAAGGCUAUUCCGGCGAUUUCAGACGGCUUUCCAAGUGAAAGAGGAGCUGGCCAAGGCGGUGCGUUCGUUUUGGUGCCUGGACAGCGGGGAUUACGAGCAAUGCGUUGUUGAGCUGUACAAGGAUCCCUUUCCCGCCAGCAAAUUUGAGCCCUGGCAGAUGCGUCUGCUGCUGGAAACACUGCUAAAUGGAGGCGCCAUCAAGGCGGCCAUGCGUGUGGUUAGCCAGCCACCUGGUCCUUUAUCCUCCGAGCUGCACAUGAACGUGCUCCUGGCUAAUGGCAGCAUGCCGGAGGCCUUUCUAAUGGCCCGUUUAUACGACGACGACCAGGGUCAGCCGCUGCUGGAGCGCUUCUUCCGCCACUGCAUUGCCCGCGGACGCUUCAAGGUGCUCGCCGAGCUUUGCCUGAGCGAAGAGGAGGAGAGGAUGCUCUACAGGAUGCUGCGACAGAGUCGCUCGCGGCAAACGGACUGCGUGCAGUUGAUCCUGCUGCUGCAGAAGAGCAAGUUCAUCGAGGCUGUGUCCUUUAUGGAUGAGGUGGCUGAGGAGAGGGAACGCGAGGAUGACUCCUCCAGCAGCACGAUUAUCUCCGCCUAUCGAUCGACCAUGGCGCCAGUGGCCCAGAAUAUUGCGGGAACCUAUCUGCGCAUACGCGACACCCUCGAAAUGGAGGAGGGCCGUAAUCCGCUGCAGCCCUUCAGCUGCCAGUUGGUCAAGCAGAAUGCCAGCGGCCAGGUGGGCGGCAUCUUCCAGAGCUCGGCGGUCAGCGCCCAUUGGGCCACGCAUUUCGAGGAGGCGUCGCUUCCUGCGUUGCCACCGAAACUGGGCUGCUACAGCAACAUUCCCUUCCUGCGGCAUGCGCAAUAUGGACUCGCUGAGCUGCCUCAUCGGCGAAGGAAGGUGCGUCCUGUGCCCCAUCAGGCGGUGGAGAAGCGGCAGCGCGAGGAGGAGGAGCAGCGACGCGAGGAGCGGGAACGCAGGCAGCAAUAUACGUUGCAACCACGCAAGAGGCGGCGUUUGCUGGCUGAGCAGCUGGUGGAGGAGGUCAAGGGCCAUGUGCAGUCGCUGCGGGAGGAGGUUAAGGAGCUGGAGGAGUUGGAUAACCAAGCCAGCGAUCUGCUGCAGCCGCCGACUUUCCUGCAGACGCAGCGAACAAGAGAGAGGAGCAGCUCGCCACAGGCAAUACUCACCAUACUCAAGCGUAAAUCGACUUUGGAGGGAGCUCCGCCGGUGGCCACAUCCACUACUCUGGGCGGAACUAAGAGAUUCCGCUUUAUGCCGCCGAUUCCGCUGCGUUUAGAUGGCUCCAUGGAGGUGGACAGGAGCAGGAGCAGCGAGGAGGAGGAGAUCCAGGAGGAGGAGGAGGAGGAAACCGACGAGAUUAUCGUGGAGAUCGAAUCAAGAAGCGAGGAGCCGGGAAACGUUGAUUCGUCGGAGGAGGAAGAGGAGUUCCUUUCCCCCUUGGCCUCUGCCAAUGUCUCGCUGGUGGAGCAGCGUCCUCCAACUGGCCCCCAGCCACGUGGCUCGCUGCUCCAGGGAAGAACGGGCGAAAGUAGAAAUGGCAGCGAAAGCAGCAGCGGAUUCGGCAGCUUUGCCACCGCAGUGGCUCCAAGUCAGACCACAUCCCACUCGCAUUUCGUGCCCACCGUCUGCUCCUCCAAAAUGGGCGAGUCAACGCAAAUCUUCUCCAGCGGCAGCCGCGUGGUUAGGAUAUCCGAACGCACCACCAUCUGCGGUGAAAUGGAGUCAACGGAUUUGGGUUCAGCGGAGGUAACAGGCGCACGCAGUUCGCAGUGGUCAGCAGCAGAGAUUCCUGCUAUCCAAAGUGGCCACCGGAUGAUGGACACCACGCUGGGCAUGUCCACCUACGAGGUGGCUUCGCUGGAGCAGCAGCAGCCGGAGAAUCAGGAGGAGGAGGAGGAACUUAAGCUGGAGGAUGCAACGCAACAAGAGAAUCUGCAGCAGGAGGAGCAGCAAUACCAGGAGCCCCUCUCCUCGCCCACUUAUAGUUUAAGUAGCGAGGAGUCCGACCUCUCCUCCUCGGCUGGCCUAAGGAAUCCCCUGGUGCCGCCGCCUCUCCACACCGAUGAUCCCAUGUACUCCAUUGUCGUGGAGUCGACGGGCUCCAUUACCACCUCGCGUUCGGUUACGCAUACGCCCACCUCCUUCCUGCCCAGCGACACGAAUGUUUCGCAGACCUCGAGUCCCAGGGAGGCGGGAAAUGAAGGAGAUGAUGGCAAAGACGGCGGCUCACCCAUCUCAUUAUAUCGCGCCAAUAGUUUGGAGACGGUCGACGAUCUGGACACGACGAAGGGCUCGCUGGAGGAGGAGGAGGAGUACGACGAGGACGACGACUGCGUCAUCGCACUCGAUGGCACCGAGGUGCGCGGCUAUGUGGCGCGUCCCCAGCAAACAGUGGCCUGUAGCAGUGCCGAGUUGUUUGCCUUCAAGGAGCAGGAAGAGGGAGUGGCUAGUGGUGUGCCAUGUCCCUCGCUUUCCAUGGGCGCCACUGUGAACAGCGAUUCCGAGGUGGCCGAUACUAUUGUGCUGGACAGCGAUGAGGAGGAGGAGAAGAAGGAGGAGCAGCAGAAGCAACAGGAAGUGUUGCUGAUGGAAGAGGAGGCAGGCAGCAAUGAUUCGGUGGCCACGGUGGCUUUCAGCGAGACCAAGCAGGAUAUGGAGAUAGAUGUGGCGGUGGAGGAAAAGCAGCUGGAGGAGAUUCCCGAAGAGGAGGAGGAACCAGAGAGACUGGCAAUCCAGGAAGAGGAUUCCAGGCAGAGUCUAACGCUGAUAUUAUCCGAUGAUGAGGAGGAGCAGCCCGUGGAAGUUACUCCGGCUGAGGAGGAGGAUCAAGUAGAAGUAGCUGCUUCUAAGAAGGAGGAGCAAAUGGAAGUAGCUGCUUCUAAGGAGGAGGAUCAAGUAGAAGCAGCUGCCUCUAAGGAUGAAGAGCAAACAGAAGCAGCUGCCUCUAAGGAUGAAGAUCAAGUAGCAGCCACUCCAGCUAAGGAGGAGGAUCAAGUAGAAGUAGCUGCUUCUGGGGAGGAGGAACCGGCACCACUACGUUCCCUGCGCCCGCGACGCGGCUCCUCGGAGCAUCGCGACAGUCCGCGGCCCCUGCGAUCGCGUCGCUCCUCCAUGGAGCACCAGGACAGCCCGGCUCCCUUGGCCGCCGGCCGAAGGAUGCGGCUGCGUAGCAAUGAUGCCGUAUCUUCGCCCGCUGUCUCCUCGCCCGCCGUCGCCACGCCCAAGCGCCGCACGAUGCAGCACAAGCAUCUGCUGGAGGUGAUCGACGAGCAGGGCUCCUUGGACGCUUCGCUGCCGCGCACCCGUUCGCGUUCGCGGCUCAGCGUGGACUCGGAGGCCACGCCCACACAAAGGGCGCGCGACAAGCGGGCCACCUCGCUGGCACCCGCCACCGAGAGUCCGAGUGUCCGGCGAUCCGUGCGAGGCAACAGUGAACCGCCCGCUGCUGCAGUACAGCCCCUGCGCAAACAAAGGAAGACGCGCAGAACGAGUGCGACUUCGGAGCAAUCGCCAAGUGUUUCGAAGGAGGAGGUUCCUUUAGUGGUUAAAGAGGAGGAGGAGGCGGAGCAGCAGCACGAGGAGGAGGAGCGGCCCCGGCUGCGUCGCACCGCCAGACGACGCAUCUCCGAUCUGAGCGAUCAGUCCUCUAAAGGCGCUGCAACAGAGGCCCCUGCCGCCAGCAGCACCAGGAAUCGGGAACUGCGUCCGCGCACUCGUCGCUCCUCCAAGUCGGAGGUUUAGUCCUUGUUUCC